AUGUUUCCAACUGUUUCCAGAAGAAUACUGCUCAAUACCUCGAGCCUUCCAUCGAGAUUGUGUUAUAGAGCGCUGACUACUACAAGAAUAUCCUAUAAUGUCAUACAAGACUUGUAUUUGAGAGAAUUAAAGGAAACAAAACUGGUUCCAAGCACUUUGCAAGAUGCAGAAGGUAAUGUCAAGCCUUGGAACCCACCAAAGAAACCGACCUUGCCAGAAUUAGAACUUCAAGGUCCUGACGCCCUAAAGGCUUACACUGAACAAAACGUAGAAACUGCUCAUGUUGCCAAGGAGUCUGCGGAGGGUGAAUCAGAACCAAUUGAAGAAGAUUGGUUAGUUUUAGAUGAUGUCGAAGAAAGCAAAGAUGGUACGCAUUGA